CUUUUGGAUGAAGAAACGGGGCAUCGUCAGACAUGGUUGAUUUUAAACUCCGUAAACUCACUAAAUUGGCAAUAUUUUCAAAGCCACUCCCAAAAAUGGCAGGUAAAAGCAAACCUUAUUCAGCUCCUGGUUAUGGCACAAGCAGUGCUCCCUCUUCGUACAGCAAUGGAAAGAAAGGGAGUGAAAGUUCUAAAGGUUCUGAUGAUAUUUACAACUACUCUAGUGGCAGGUCUGAGGCAGGGCCAAUUUAUGGAGGAGUAACAUUCUUUAAGACUUUUAGUGGGCGUAUUGUCUUGGGAAUUCUUGUAGCUAUUCUAAUUAUAAUGUUCUUGGUCUCUUUCUCACUCUGUGUUUAUGGAGCCGUCAAGUAUAAGACAGCGAGAUACUUUGCACUUAUCAUAAACAUCAUUUUGAGUACAUUAGUAACUGUUGCACUGAUGUUUUGGUCCUACAGAGGUGUAUUGGCACCGGCAAUGGUCUGGUAUAUAUUUGUUCAAUGCGCUUUCCUCUUUUUUCAAUACGUAACUACUGACAUAUUUGCCUUGUAUGAGCAGCAAGGUGUAGUCCCAACUUCCAUUACUCCUUUUGAGCCUGGCUAUAACUGCACUAAUGUCUCGCUUCCCCAUACUCCUGAUCCUCGUUGUUUGUAGUCUUGCAAGACUACGUUGUACGUGAAUUUGGAGAAUGAAGAGUAUUAUAACUUUAUUUUAUAAUUUUUGUGGUUUGUUUUAAAAUUUAUACUAUAAUGGCUGUUAAAAAUAA